AUGAUUUCUCAUUGAUACAGCAAGAAAUCUAUAUGGUUAAAGAAUGCAAACACUGUAACAUAGUAGCAUACUUUGGAAGUUAUCUCAGCCGUGAGAAGCUGUGGAUUUGUAUGGAGUACUGUGGAGGAGGGUCCCUUCAAGACAUUUACCAUGUAACGGGGCCACUGUCAGAGUUACAGAUUGCGUACGUUUGCAGAGAGACAUUACAGGGACUUGCUUAUUUGCACAUGAAAGGCAAAAUGCAUCGGGACAUUAAGGGUGCAAAUAUUCUGCUGACUGACCAUGGAGACAUCAAGCUAGCUGACUUUGGCGUAGCAGCAAAAAUAACAGCCACGAUCGCAAAGAGGAAGUCAUUUAUUGGCACCCCUUACUGGAUGGCUCCAGAAGUGGCAGCUGUAGAAAAGAACGGUGGCUACAACCAACUCUGUGACAUCUGGGCUGUGGGCAUAACAGCAAUUGAGCUUGGAGAGUUGCAGCCACCCAUGUUUGAACUUCAUCCCAUGAGGGCUCUCUUUCUAAUGUCCAAAAGCAACUUUCAGCCUCCAAAGCUAAAGGAAAAAACUAAAUGGUCAUCAACUUUCCAUAAUUUUGUCAAAGUAGCACUUACAAAAAAUCCAAAGAAGAGGCCAACAGCUGACAGGCUUCUGACACAUAGCUUUGUUGGGCAGCCUGGUCUUUCUCGGUCUCUGGCUGUUGAGCUCUUGGACAAAGUGAACAAUCCUGAUAACCACCCCCAUUACAGUGAGGCAGAUGAUGAUGAUUUUGAGCCACACCCAAUUAUUCGCCACACGAUUCGCUCUACCAACAGAAAUGUCAGAGCAGAAAGGACAGCAUCUGAAAUAAAUUUUGACAAGUUGCAGUUUGAACCACCUUUAAGGAAAGAGACAGAAGCCCGGGAUGAAAUGGGAAUACCAGCUGGAGCACCCUUUGCUUCACAUUGGAGUCCUUUCGCUGAUGGUGGAGGUUGUGCCAAGGGACAUCUUACCAAAUUUGGUGAUGGCCAUGAAGAUGCUGAGGAAUCAACAUUGAAAAGAGCAGGACCCCCUCCUCUGCCUCCAAAGCCUCGACUAGAAGAAAUUUUCAUGGACAACGAGAAGUCCCAGACAAUCAAGUAUUGUCCUGAUCUCCAAAAUCAAGCCUCACCAGGCCACCGGAGACAAAGCAUCCCUGUUUGUGGGCCUCAGAUGGAGCCAUCCGCAUUUGGCAUGACCAGCAGCAUCAGCAGCCCUGGUCUGCUCACAGCUAGAUACAGCGAUUUGGGCAAUGGGGACACUGUGACAAAACACCUUGAGGAAAAUGCUGACGGGCUGGGUCACGUGCCACAACUGCCACGGAAAAAGGAGAAGCGGGAAUUCCUGAAGCCAGCAAUCAAUGGCCUCCCACCAACACCAAAAGUGCUGAUGGGAGCAUGUUUUUCAAAAGUGUUUGAUGGCUGCCCUUUGAAGAUCAAUUGUGCCACAUCAUGGAUACACCCAGACACCAAAGAUCAGUACAUUAUCUUUGGGACUGAAGAGGGCAUUUACACACUGAAUCUCAAUGAACUGCACGAAGCCACCAUGGAGCAGCUGUUCCCGCGGCGGUGCACGUGGCUGUAUGUUAUCAACAACACUUUAAUGUCACUCUCAGAAGGGAAAACAUUCCAGCUCUACUCCCAUAACCUAAUAGCUUUGUUUGAACAAGCCAAAAAAACAGGAAUAGCUGCUCAUAUUCAGACCCAUCGAUUUCCUGAUAAAAUAUUACCAAGAAAAUUUGCCUUAACAACAAAGAUCCCAGAUACAAAAGGAUGCCACAAAUGUUGCAUAGUAAGAAACCCAUAUACAGGUCAUAAAUACCUCUGUGGAGCUUUGCAACUGGGAAUUGUUUUGCUUCAGUGGUAUGAACCAAUGCAGAAAUUCAUGUUAAUAAAGCACUUUGAUUUCCCUUUGCCAACCCCACUGAAAGUAUUUGAAAUGCUGGUGAUCCCAGAACAGGAAUACCCUAUGGUAUGUGUUGCAAUCAGCAAGGGGGCUGAACCAAAUCAGGUUGUACAGUUUGAGACGAUCAACUUGAACUCAGCUUCCUCAUGGUUUACAGAAAUUGGUACAGGUUGUCAACAACUUGAUGCCAUCCAUGUCACUCAGCUGGAAAGAGAUACAGUUCUUGUGUGCUUGGACAGGUUUGUGAAGAUUGUGAAUUUGCAUGGUAAACUGAAGUCAAGCAAGAAGUUGGCCUCAGAACUAAGUUUUGAUUUCUGCAUUGAAUCUGUAGUGUGCCUUCAGGAUAGCGUGUUGGCCUUCUGGAAACAUGGGAUGCAAGGCAAAAGUUUUAAGUCUGAUGAAGUUACCCAGGAGAUCUCUGAUGAAACAAGGGUAUUCCGCUUACUGGGCUCUGACAGGGUGGUGGUGCUGGAAAGCAGGCCGACUGAUAAUCCAACUGCACACAGCAAUCUCUACAUUUUGGCAGGCCAUGAGAACAGUUACUAGGCAACCGUAAAUCGACUUGAACUGUGAGCCAAGCAAUAUGUUGCAUAAGGAAGCCACUCUUCAUGGAAACCCUGUCCAAGUCAUGCUCUGGCAUCCUUUUCUCUCCUCUUCUUCCUCAGCGUUCACGUUCCCGGUUGAUGUCCGAACAGACUCUGUUUUUAGGAUCAAGAGCCAAACAUUGCAUGUGUCUUGCAGCUGGGAAGCAGCUGUUCUCUUCCUUGCCACUAUGUGGUUGGUUAUGUCGUUGGCUUAAUAAAAGCUGUGAGAUCAUCA